AUGGCCUUUUUGUUUAAAUCCAAGAAAACUCAACCAGGGACCGCGCUCCCUCCGGCGGCGAGGAACGUCCAUACCUCUGAGGGCGCCCCAGCAUCCGGCGUGGCUCCAACCAUGACCAACGGGGUCAAGGAAGGGAAUGCCUUCGCGCAGCAGUCGCCCACGCCUAGCAGUAGCUACAACAACUCUCUCAAUUCGGCUAACAGUCCGACCAGCCCGGAACCAAUCAGAAUGCGACAAAGGGCGGAAUCCGAGUCGCAGGUUCAGCGACCCCAGCAGCCACCUAAUGGCGUAUCUCCGACGAGCCCGAAUUCCUCUCUCUACCCAUGGGCGCAACGUCGCCUCAACUUCUCCUCUCCUCAAACAAACCCCUUCCCGCGAUAUGGCGCUGCGAUCAAUGCCGUCGCAUCAAAGGAAGGAGAUAUCUACAUGAUGGGCGGUCUGAUUGAUGGCUCGACUGUCAAGGGAGAUUUGUGGAUGAUCGAGAGCAGCGGCGGCAGCCUGUCCUGUUUCCAAAUUGCAACGGUUUCCGAGGGCCCAGGGCCUCGAGUGGGCCAUGCCAGCUUGCUGGUGGGCAAUGCGUUCAUUGUGUUUGGCGGUGACACUAAAAUCAAUGACACCGAUGCCCUGGACGACACUUUAUACCUUUUGAACACAUCUUCGCGUCAAUGGUCUCGCGCAAUUCCUCCUGGUCCUCGCCCCUCCGGGCGCUAUGGCCACACCUUGAACAUCCUCGGCUCGAAACUAUACGUUUUUGGCGGUCAAGUGGAAGGCUUCUUUUUCAAUGACUUGGUGGCGUUCGAUUUGAAUCAGCUCCAGAACCCCACAAACAAGUGGGAGCUACUCAUCCAAAACAGCCACGAGGGUGGGCCUCCCGAGGGUCAAAUCCCUCCGGCUAGAACCAACCACACCCUCGUCAGCCACAACGAUAAACUAUUACUGUUCGGAGGAACAAAUGGUGUGAAAUGGUUCAACGAUGUCUGGUCUUUCGAUCCCCGCGCCAACGCCUGGACUGAAUUAGACUGCGUUGGCUUCAUUCCCACUCCCAGGGAGGGCCACGCUUCCGCCCUAGUCAACGACGUAAUGUAUGUCUUUGGUGGUCGUACUGACGAGGGAAUGGAUUUGGGGGAUCUGUCUGCGUUCCGCAUCACAACCCGCCGCUGGUAUUCUUUCCAGAACAUGGGUCCCGCCCCAUCUCCCCGGUCAGGUCACAGCAUGACAGCCUUCGGCAAGCAGAUCAUUGUGAUGGCUGGCGAGCCGAGUUCAGCCCCGCGGGACCCGGCAGAGCUCAGCAUGGCAUAUAUUCUCGAUACUGGCAAAAUUAGGUACCCUAAUGAUUCGCAGUCGAGUGAUCGUGGCCCUCUCUCCGCUGUCAGGAAAGCGAGUAGCGAGAAGCAAGGUCCUCCCUCUGGACGCACAUCUCGAGAGGCUCAGAACGCGACCCCGGACCAACUGCGUCGCGGACCUACGCCCUCCCGCGAGAGCAUCAUUCAAAUCGCGGGUGCAAAGCCUGGGGAAUUUGGAUCGAAUCCCAAUCUCGGCCCCGGAUCCCGACUCCCACGAGCCUCAAUUGCACAAGCGCCAUCCGGUCCACCACCGCCUGGGCAAGCCCCCUCUCCUGGCCCUCGGGCUAAUGGACCCCAACCAGGAACGAACCCUCGCAGCAAAACACCAACAAAGAACGAUCGUGGAUUUACCCCGACAGUGGAUAUUCGUGCCGCCAAUGCCGAUCGGAAUGUGGAAUCUCCGGUCGCAAAGGAUACACCAGAUGGCCCGGGCUCCUCCGGUCAACGAACCCCAACCCAACCGCAGCAAAAGAUCACUGCCAAGGCAAUGGAGGCUGGUGAGGCAGCCCCAAUGAUGACACCUGCUCGUCAACGGUCGUUGCGUCAGCACCGUCAGCGGGGCUCAAUGGACAGCGCAGAGGAGUCUGUGCUCGGCCGACAAGCCCCUAGCAUCGAUGGCUCUAUCGAAUCUCGGAGCUUCCGCAACUCGAGGACCCUCGGCGAUGAGCCCCGGUCACCGCGGCUGACGCCUCAUCAGGAGGCCUUGAUUAAGGAGUUGGAGGUUGCCAAGGCUCGAAAUGCGUGGUAUGCAUCCGAGUUAUCAUUGGCAAGAAAGGGUGGCUACGUCCCGAAUGCAUUAAGUAGCCCUGCCAUCGACGAGCGCAUGAAUGAAUCUCUCAAUGAUGAGGAUCGCCCUCUCGUUGAAGCAUUCCUCUCCAUGCGGGCUGAGUUGGCCAAGAUGCAGGCGACCGUGGAUCGACAGGCAGCCAUCGCCUCGAAGCGGAUCGCCGAAGUCGAGCAUCAGCGCGAUGUGGCUGUCAGCGAGGCGGCAUACUCGCGAACUAGACUUGCUGCCCACGGUGGCAGCCAGCGAGGCACUCCACAGCCCGAGGGCUCUCGUGAUAAAGAGGAUGAGCGUCCGACUGAUAUGGGACGCCGCCUAGCGUUGGCUCUCGCCUCGCAAUCGGAACUGAAGGCCAAGCUAGAUGUGAUGUCUACUGAGCUGCAGCAGGAGAAGCAAGCGAAAGAGCUGGCCGAGGACACGAACGAAGCCACCCGCAAGCGCCUUGCAGAGCUUGAGAUGUCCAACAACGCACUGGAGGCGGAGAAUCUGCGGGCUGAGCUGCACCGUGCUGAAGCCACCGCCAGAGAGGAGGCUUUGUUGCGUUCAGAAGCUGAGGCCGCUUUGAAGCAGCUCAUCAUCGACAAGGAGGAGCUUCUCAAACAUGCCGAAGAUUCUUCAGGACGCCUCAAGGACUUUGGCACCAACUUCGCCAGUUUGCGGGAAGCCGUCGCUGCUUCGGGUGCGAAGACCGCAAUUCUCGAGAAGCAGCUGCAGGAGGAGCGAGAGCGCCGUGAAGGGUUGGAGAGAAAGCUCUUACAGCUCCGAUCUGAACAUGAAGAGCGAACCACCGAGUUGGAAAACACCACUCAGCGCCUACGGGACGCCGAAGAAAUGGCUGAAAGCCAUGCCAAGGAGGCUGAAAUGCACAAGCUCGCUUUCGUCUCGGGUCUUGAGCGUGCCUCGUCUGUUGAUCUGGAGGCUUCAAUGAAGUCUCGUGCUGAUCAACGGGUGGUAGCUCUGGAGGCUCAGAUCGAACGGUCCACCACCUUGGCGAAGGCUAACCAAGCUGCUGCUGAUGCGGCUGCUGACAAGCUGCGUCGCGCCGAAGAGCGGAUCGCUGGCCUGGAGGCUUACCAGGAGCAAGCCAGCCGCGAGGGACUGCAGCUUCGGAGACAGCUUCAAACCGCUAUGAAGGAGAGCCAGGCGGCGACUGCGGAAAGCCGGGACUUGAAGUCUCAGCUUGAAAACCACCAACGGGAUGCGAAUGCUUUGACCAUCCAGCACGCUGCUCUGAAGGAUCUCCUCGGUGAACGCGGUAUCAGCACUGAUAGCAGGCGAUCCCCCCGCCUCGAAUCGCCAGGCUCCCGCUUCGGCACUCCAGAGCAGAGCCGAUUGCGAGAGCUUGAGCAACAGUUGUCGAAUAGCAUGAGGGCCCAUGAUGAUCUCAAGAACUCUUUCGAAACCCGAGAGCAGGAAGCUGACCGCGCGUUCCGAGAGAAGCUGGAGCAGCUGGAGAAUGAUUACCAGUCGGCCGUGCACUAUGUCAAGGGUACUGAGAAGAUGCUGAAGCGCAUGAAGGAUGAGCUGGGCCGGUGCAAGAUCCAGAAUGCUAAGCUGCAGUCCGAGUUGGAGACCUCCCAGAAGAACGUGGAGACCGGCAGCAGUCAGUCGGACUCUCUUGCUGAAUGGGAGGUUGAGCGUGCUCAGCUCCAGAAGUCCAUCUCGGAUCUGGAGUCAAAUACCUCGUCCUCGCUCGAGAGUCUGGAGAUCCAGAUGAAGGAGUUGAAGGAGGAGCUUGCCGCCGCGCAAGCCGAGAAGGAGAAGGUGCAAGCUGAGCACGAGCGCUCCAAGCACGAACUGCUUGCGGCCGCCGAUCGCAGCCGCAGUGAAUUAGAGCAGCUCAAGAAGGAGAACGUCCACCUUGAGAUCCGUGCUACGGAUGCGGAGCAGAAGGUCAAUAUGCUCCUGGAGCAGGUUGAAACCUCCGUGGGCCACUACCGCCGCCAGUCUCAACAUGUUCAGGGAACCAAUGGCAUCUCCCGCACUCACAGCAACGCGUCUAGCAAUACUGCCGUUGGCCGGACACGCGCCGAUAGUAGCGUGUCUCAAGACUCGGCUACUUUCCCCGACAAUCGUGGAUCCAUGGCUUUAGACUCUCUCGCUAAUGAGCUGGAGGCCCUCCGCACCCACUGGGAAAGUACCAACCGCAACUAUCGCUUGAGCAGCCAGCUGGACCUGGAGCGGACUCCGACCAAGGAGAACAGCGAUGGCCCUGCUCUGAUGAGCGAUAGCUUGGCGGAGUGGCGCAGGCGACUGGAUGAGGAAGAACGGUCCGGAGGUACCAAAAAGCCCGAGGCUGUUUCAAACGUGUUCUGA